CUACCAUCGAUAGUCUCGCACUGGGUCAAAUUGCCAUAGUUCUGGCUGGUGAGGAGCUGAUUGCGAUAGCCUCUGACAAUGCCCUGAUCAUGGAAUUAGCCUCGGCGGGGAGUGUGAAGGGACAAGGAGGCGUUGUACUUCGACAUAGCCACCGGUGACAUUGUAAAACAUUCCUUCCGCCAUGGCGGCGGCGGUCAAGAGGUGGUGGUGAUGGUCGGGAUGAGGUUGGAGAUGGGUUUGAGGUGUAGAGCUUCACGUGAUUGCGGCCGUCAAUAUGCCAAGACCGGAAACGUAUGAAGAUUAGAGUUUCGCUAGAAGGUUUGGACUUGACGAUUGGAUGAUGUGAUGAUUAGAUGCACAAUAAAAGCUAUGAUAUCACGGCAUCGGAGGCGGGGAGAGAUCCGACAAACCGGGGGGUUUUACAAAACACCAACAGUGUAUGGCAGACGAACGUAUAUGCGAGCGGUUUACAGGCCCAUCUCUGCAUCAAACCGUGAGGAUACACGUCGACAACACCAUCCAACAUUCCACGAGAGUCGACGAAUAGAGUUUCGUCAUGCAGAGUGGAUCCUGGGCUUGACCAAUAGGAAGACAGCUCGCAUGCCAGGUAGCCGUUUCGCAUGGGUGGCCCUGGUGGCUGCAUCAACGAUUCGUGGUCUGCCGGGGCGAGUUCCUUCCCUCCCUUGUUGCGUUGCGCUUACCACCUCCCCCAGCACCUCUUCCCCUUCUUCAUCCACACCUACAAACACCACCUCCCCCAUUCCUCUUUCCCUUUCUUCCCUCUUCGUUUCCUUUCCUCCCCUUCUUCUCGCUCCUCUUUGUUUCCUUAUUAGCGCCUUGUUGUAAUACCCGUCUCCUCCCUUCCACUCACUGCCGCCUCUCCAUUAGUCACCUGGUCCGCCUUAUCUCCGGCCACCUCAAGCAACAUUCACGACUGUCACUUCGGCCUUCACCACCCCCAAAUCGACCGGCGCGGAGUUUCCGCCACCUUCGCCACUUC